AUGAAAAUUAUCCUGUGCUUGUUCGCUGUUAUCGCCGCUGUUGCUGCCUGGGGCCCAGGUGGUUGGGGUGGAUACGGAGCCGGAUACGGAGGUGGAUGGGGCAAAGGGGUAGUAGGAGGCGGAUGGGGCAGACGCUGGGGUGGCGGAUGGGGUAAAGGAUGGGGCGGUUAUGGAGGUGGAUGGGGAUACGGUGGUGGCUGGAAGGGAGGUGUUGCUGUUGCUCCAGUUGUUGCUGCUCCAGUUAUUGCUGCUCCAGUUGUCAAAGUUCCAGUUGCUUACGGAGGCGGAUGGAAAGGUGCCCAUGGUGGAUGGUGGUAA